UGAAAAUGCGGAAAUUAUUUUCUAAUGUUUAAUAGUAUAUUUUGUAUAUAAUUCAAAAUGGACGUGGUUGGUCUUUUGAACAAUAUUAAUGACAAAUCCGAUAUGUUUGCUGUCACAACAUGGACAUCGGAGUGGACUAACAAUUUUCAAGAGAAUCAGUUGCUGUGGUCAUUUUGCGGGUGUUUGCUGGUGUCUUUACUAGUUGUAUGUUUCUAUUACUACAGAAGAUGGCGCGCAAAAGAAUUAUCAGGAAUAACGGGCGCGGCCGGUGCCGCUGGGGAACCAGCGAAGCGUUUCCGCAAACGUGACAAGAUGCUGUUCUACGGCCGCAGGAUGCUGAGGAAAGUGAAAUCCAUCUCGAACUCUGGUCAGGGCAGAAAGAGGCGGGCAGUCAUGCGGUUUGCCAGAAAACUGCUGCAGUUGAAAAAGGAGUCUGCGCCUGAACAACUUAAGGUGCUGGAGCCCCCAGCAGAAUACCUCGAGGAAGACUUGACCAGUGACGACAGAGUGCCACCUGACGCCUUGUAUAUGCUGCACAGCAUAAGGGUGUUCGGCCACUUCGAGAAACCAGUGUUCCUGAUGCUGUGCAAACAUACAGAGAUACUAAACUUACCCGCGGGCGCUUUCUUAUUUAAAGUCGGCGACACGGACGAGAAUGUGUACGUAGUGCAAACGGGCCGUGUGAAUGUGUACAUCACGAACCAGGAAGGGAGCAGCCUCUCGCUCAAGGUGGUGCGUGCUGGCGAGAGCGUGACGUCACUACUUAGCUUCACCGACGUGCUCACAGGUCACUCUCAACCAUACAAAACUGUGAAUGCAAAAGCACUAGAGGAUUCCCAAGUGAUAAAACUACCGAUGCGUGCCUUCCAAGAGGUCUUCAAGGAGUAUCCUGAUAUAUUCGUACGAGUUAUACAGAUAAUCAUGGUGCGUCUUCAAAGAGUUACAUUCACGGCCUUACACCAGUACCUUGGAUUGAGUGCGGAAUUAGUUAAUCCAGGACGAGAGAAACGUCGCCCUACAACAGUGGUGUCAUCUCCAGGGAAGACUUCGAAAGCUGACGGUAGUACAGCGACGCCUUCGCCUCAUCACGUAGAAAGACCUCCAUCUGAACAUUUGCAUGCGCCUGAAGGUCACCAAGUUUCCUCUCCCAUAAACAUACAAGGACGGCGACAGAGACCCGACAUGGUGCCCGAUAUAACGUCUAACACGCCACAGCAACAACCUGACGUGCAGCCGACUCCACCGUUACAACGCUCGAAAGAAGGCUCAUCGUUCAAGAAACAGAAUACGGAAAAUCUCGAUGAACUGGCAUUAACACAAAUAGCUACAGAGGCAUUCGUCAAAGAACUCGGUUUGGAGAGCGACACCGUAUUAAGAGGUCACGUGCAAGUGAGGGACCUCCCAGCCGGCACCUACAUCAUGAAGGAGGAAAGUCAUAAGGACGUGGCGCUAGUGUAUCUACUCUCCGGUGCGUUGUUGGUAUCGCAGAAGGUCGCUGAGGGCGAAGGCGAAGUGCACAUGUUCACUGCAUAUCCAGGUGAAGUGGAAGGCGGGCUUGCGGUACUUACUGGCGAGCCGAGUUUCUUCUCAAUACGAGCGAAGCACUUUUCACGCAUCGGCCUUCUGUCCAAGACCACAGUGUAUAGCAUAAUGCGAGAAAGGCCGUCUGUGGUGCUGCAUAUUGCAAAUACUGUUGUGAGGAGGUUGUCGCCGUUCGUGCGACAAGUGGAUUUUGCUUUGGACUGGGUGUUCCUGGAGUCAGGUCGCGCGGUAUACCGUCAGGAUGAAGAGUCAGGUUCCACAUUCAUCGUGCUAAGUGGACGGUUACGUUCGGUGAUCACACAUCCCAAUGGCAAGAAGGAACUCGUUGGAGAAUACGGGAAGGGGGAUCUGGUGGGCAUUGUGGAAAUGGUAACCCAGACCCGGCGGAGUACCACAGUGAUGGCAGUUCGCGACUCGGAACUAGCCAAGCUGCCUGAAGGUCUCUUUAACGCGAUCAAACUACGCUUUCCAGUUGUUGUGACCAGAUUGAUAAACUUACUCGGUCAUAGGAUUUUGGGUUCAUGGCAGAAGCCGACAGCGGGUCUAGGGGGACCGGCAGCGAUCGAAUCCCGUCCAUCGCAACACAACUUCUCAACGGUGGCCGUGGUGCCUGUCAGCGACGAUGUCCCACUCACCUCCUUCACUUAUGAACUGUACCAUUCGCUAUGCGCUAUUGGGCCAACUGUUCGUCUCACAUCUGAUGUUAUUAGAAAGCUACUUGGUCUUACUAUUAUGGACCCUAACAACGAGUACCGUCUGAGCUCAUGGCUCGCUCAGCAGGAGGACAAGCAUAAGGUGGCGUUGUACCAAUGUGACCCGAGUCUAACACAAUGGACCCAGCGGUGCAUACGGCAGGCCGACUGCAUUUUGAUCGUAGCGCUUGGUGACAAACAGCCCAGUAUUGGCAAGAUCGAAAAAGAAAUCGAGCGUCUCGCGAUCCGUACGCAGAAGGAGCUGGUGCUGCUCCACCGCGAGGGAGGCGCCAACCCGGCCGGCACCGUGCACUGGCUCAACAUGCGCUCGUGGGUCAGCCAGCACCACCACGUGCGGUGCCCGCACCGCAUGUUCACCAGGAAGAGCCAGUACAGAAUUAGCGAGCUGUACACGAAAGUGCUGAUGUCGGAGGCGAACGUGCACUCGGACUUCUCCCGGCUAGCCCGCUGGCUCACCGGCACCUCCGUGGGGCUCGUGCUGGGCGGCGGCGGGGCGCGGGGGGCCGCGCACGUGGGCAUGAUACGAGCCAUACAGGAGGCAGGAAUCCCUAUAGACAUGGUCGGCGGUGUGAGUAUCGGCGCGUUCAUGGGAGCAUUAUGGUGUAUGGAGCGGAACAUCACUACGGUGACACAGAAGGCCAGGGAGUGGUCGCAGAAAAUGACACAAUGGGGCAAACAGCUCCUAGACCUGACGUACCCGGCCACAUCCAUGUUCUCCGGGCGACAGUUCAACACUACCAUCCACACCACCUUCGGAGACGUCCACAUUGAGGAUCUAUGGCUUCCGUACUUCACGGUCACCACCGACAUCAGCUCCAGCUGCAUGAGGAUACACAGGCAUGGUUCGCUAUGGCGUUACAUACGCGCCUCGAUGUCACUGAGCGGUUACAUGCCGCCGCUGUGCGACCCCGUAGACGGCCACCUCCUAUUGGACGGCGGUUACGUCAACAACCUGCCAGCGGACGUGAUGAGGUCGCUCGGUGCUAAACACAUUUUAGCAAUAGACGUGGGAUCUCAAGAUGAUGUAGAUCUUACUAACUAUGGCGACGAUUUGUCUGGUUGGUGGCUCCUUUGGAAAAGAUGGAACCCAUUCACAACUCCCGUCAAGGUGCCUAAUUUACCUGAUAUACAAAGUCGACUCGCCUAUGUAUCUUGUAACAGGCAAUUAGAGGAAGUAAAAAAGUCAGACUACUGCGAGUACAUCCGUCCGCCGAUCGACGCGUACAAGACGCUGCAGUUCGGGUCGUUCGACGAGAUCCGCGAGGUCGGGUACCGGCACGGGGCCGCCUACUUCGAGGGGCAGCGGCGCGGCGGCGGCGGCGGCGUCAGCGGCGCCAGCAGCGCCACGCACCACGCCCUGCAGGGGCGCCGCCGACCCGACGCGCAGCCCUCGCUCACAGAUUACACUUUUACCGACCUCGCACAAAUGGUGUGUUCGGUGCGGACUGGUCGGGAUGUGGAUGAUUCCUCGUCCUCGUCAGACUACGAGGAGGACCCGAGACACUUCGAAGGGUACGCCUCGGAGCCCAGCGCUGGAAUACUGGAGGAGGGUCUACGCACUCGUCGAGUAGGCGGUUCGCUAUCUCUGUCUGAGGACGAGAUAGACUCAGAGACGGAGCUAUACGACCCGCUGAACAAACGUGGCGGAGGCAGGUGAGACGCAACGUUGCACGACCUGUGCAAGGCUUUGUAUGAAUACGUGCUCAACGAGCGAGACAGCAGCAGUGAGUGACACGUUUGCACGAUAUCAUUCGUUGACAUAGACAGAUAUUUUAAUUUUAGACAUCACGUGGUAAUCUGUCGUGAGCUCUUAGACUAUGAAAGCGUUUGGAAUGUAAUUGUGGAUAGUUGUUUAUGAAGUAAUCUCUUAUAAUAAUUCUAGAAUGAUCGACUAAAGUGCAUUAUCAAGGAUUGUAUACAUUUUAACUGUGAACGUAUUAACGAAUUUGAGUCUGAUAACUUCCAUAUAUUUGCAAUUAUAUUAAAAUGAUUAAUUAAAACACCAGUUUUAUAAUAUUUGAUGGGAAUUUUAAGAUUUGACUAAAUAUAGAGACUUAUCCAUAGCGCACUCCUUUCUUAUUAAUGAAAGAGAAUUUUGUCUUGAUAUAUGUAGUUGAUACAGUAAUCUUUUUUAUAUAGUGAUGUUAUGAUUUUAUUUUGUUUUUAAAACAACGUGAAGAACUAUUGCAAGUAGAUUUAUUAAUAAAUCCAUGUAUUAAUGUAUUAGUGUCAUUUGACGGAUCCGUCAGACAGGACGACUGUUUUUCAGAUGUUCCAUAAGUUCUUCCGCAGAUUUGUAAUGCCUUCUGCACUCGCCCUCAUUAUCGUCCGGUGAAACUAAUGACCAGCUACG